GGGGGUUGGGGAGCAUCGUAAAUCUCAAGUGUACCAUCUAAUGGCAUCGCAUGGACGGAGCUGGGAAUCUCACAUGUACGUCACGUGCCGUGAGAGGUGCUGCAUUCACGAAAUCCCCGCGGGCGCAAGACAGCGGAAAGGGCGAGUUUAAAAAGAGGCGGAGAGGAGACCUGUGCAUGGGUCAUUGCUGCCUGUUCCUGCCCGGGAACUCACUCACUCCCCCCCCCACCCCCCCACAUGAUCCGAGCCCGCUCUCACGUGAUCCGGCGUCCGUUAGAUUUUUGAAAAAAAAGGAACCGUUGGGCUCGAGCUGGGUGCACGCGCUCGCUGCGGUUAACAGUUCCAUCCUGUGCCGGAAGAGCACACUCACCGCCCAGACCUGACAUAAAUCCCAGCACUGAGAUCGGGCACGAAUGCAAAAUAAAUAUAUUAAAAAAAAAAACUCCAACAGUUCCCCCCACCCCUUCCAAAACAAAAUACUAUAGCAAAUAGAGAGAGGCGACGAACGUGUCUCUGCGUGGUCACGAAUGUUAAUGUGGAGCCAGGCGGAAGCUGGCAGGCUCGCAUCUUCGCGAGUGUUUUUCCACUCCCUUUUUAUUUCAAGGAAAGCAGUGCGUUAUGUGUGUCCACAUCCCGAGCAUCUCUCGGAGUUAACCAAAUUCCAUUUAAAAAAAGAAUAUUUUGCCCCUGCCCCAACACCCCCCUCCUCUGUGGAAAUGACGAGUCGGCUCAGAGGAUAGCGAUUUCUGAACAGCACCAUGCGCCAAGAUUUUCGGCGGAGACAAGCGCACGGUGGUCCUUCCUCCCUGGCAUUCUCGGAUGCUUUAACAAUCAGCAUCUAAAAGAAAGGGGAAGAAGAAAAACAAACAUAUGUAAAAAGAAAAGGGACGGAAGAAAACAGACGGUGUUUAGAAAACAACAGACAUCUUGUUUUCCCCUUCCUCUCCCUCAUGCCAUCUUCCCUCACUCCUCUCUCCGUUUUCUCCCUCUCCCUUUUGCCCGUUCCUGCAUCAGUAUAUAUUUAUAUAUUUGCAAAGUGAAGCUGCUUCCUCUGCCUUUUGAUGUUGUGAGUGAGGAGUGUGCGCAGGCGCCCCCCACCUUGGAAUUACUGCACUGGUCAGAAUAAGUUGGAUCCUGUCUGUCUCUCUCUCUCUUUCUCUCUCCUGCUGCCUUCCCUUGAAAAAAAAAACGAAAUCGUCUGAAAACUUAGGGAUGCUGAGAGUUCGGAAAAGGGGCUACUUUAGCGCUUUCUCGUUCCCUUUGCUAGUGGCGAUGGUCUGUGCACAAAGUGUCAAUGAUCCCAGUAAUAUGUCAUUGGUAAAGGAGACGGUUGAUAGACUGCUGAAGGGCUAUGACAUCCGUUUGAGGCCAGAUUUUGGAGGUGACCCUGUGCGUGUUGGCAUGAACAUUGACAUUGCCAGUAUAGAUAUGGUUUCUGAAGUCAAUAUGGAUUACACUUUGACAAUGUACUUCCAGCAAGCUUGGCAGGACAAACGGCUAUCCUACUCAGAAAUACCUUUGAAUCUCACCUUGGACAACAGAGUGGCUGAUCAACUCUGGGUUCCUGACACAUACUUCCUUAAUGAUAAAAAGUCUUUUGUGCAUGGUGUGACUGUAAAGAAUCGAAUGAUCCGCUUGCACCCAGAUGGCACAGUUUUAUAUGGUCUCAGAAUUACCACAACAGCUGCUUGCAUGAUGGACUUGCGAAGAUAUCCACUUGAUCAACAGAACUGCACACUUGAAAUAGAGAGUUAUGGAUACACGACAGAUGACAUUGAAUUCUACUGGCGUGGAGCUCCUCGAGCAGUAACUGGAGUGGAGAAGAUUGAGUUGCCACAGUUUUCUAUCGUUGACUAUCACCUAAUUUCCAAGAAUGUUGUUUUCUCUACAGGUUCUUACCCCAGGCUGUCACUCAGUUUCAAGCUUAAACGAAAUAUUGGUUACUUCAUUCUGCAAACGUACAUGCCCUCCAUUUUGAUCACCAUCCUCUCUUGGGUGUCUUUCUGGAUUAAUUAUGAUGCAUCUGCUGCACGAGUUGCUUUAGGUAUUACUACGGUACUUACAAUGACCACAAUCAACACCCAUCUGCGGGAGACACUUCCAAAGAUCCCCUAUGUUAAAGCCAUUGACAUGUACUUGAUGUGCUGCUUUGUGUUUGUGUUUUUGGCCCUGUUGGAGUAUGCCCUGGUUAACUACAUCUUUUUUGGAAGAGGACCACAACGUCAAAAGAAGAUUGCAGAGAAAGCAGCAAAAGCUAACAAUGAGAAGACAAGAGCAGAAGCCAAGAUGGAUCCACAUGAAAACAUUCUCCUGAGCACACUUGAGAUUAAGAAUGAAAUGAGUGCUGCUGAGAUGACAAUGGGUAUCACUGAUCCCAGAAGCACCAUGAUGCCGUAUGACAGCUCUGGAAUUCAGUAUAGGAAGGCAGGAUUGUCAAGGCACAACUUUGGAAGAAGCGCCUUGGAAAGACACGUGGCCCAAAAGAAGAGCAGGCUACGAAGGCGUGCUUCCCAGCUGAAAAUUAACAUUCCUGAUUUGACUGAUGUGAAUGCCAUUGAUAAGUGGUCACGGAUGAUAUUUCCUCUUGUUUUUGGAUUCUUCAAUGUGAUCUACUGGCUGUAUUAUGUGAAUUAAGCUGAAGAAUGUGCACAGACAGUGUCUUUCCACACUUUUUUUUUUGUUUUGCAACAAAGUGGAACCAUCGUUUUAAAACUGAGAUUGUUCAGGACAAAUUUUGCAUGCACUUUAACUCCUUAAUGGCUGGCUGUAUUGGAACUUUUCAUUGCUUUAUUUAUGUUAAUUGAAACUCUUUCUUUAUUGCUUAUCGUUGCCUCUUGCAUACUUAAAUGUCAGAGGUCACUUUUUAUCUUGCUUUAAUGUAUAUGCAGCAGACCAGUCAAUGUUGAUAUCACAUUGAAUAUUAUAUUAGUUUAAAAGA